AUGCUUGGGGGCGUCUCGUCUUGUGUGUGUUUCUUGUUGCUGCUGUGCACCACACUGGCGGGAUCAGCCUCAACUCACCGUUUGCCGGCUGAUCUCAUCACGAUCCGCAGAUUCUUCUCAACUCGCCAUCAUGCCCAGAACAUUGUGGACAAGUACAGUGUGUGCCACCUGGCCACGGGUGACAUGCUCCGUGCUGCCGUCGCCGCCGGUACCGAGAUGGGCAAGCAAGCCAAGGCCGUCAUGGAUGCUGGCAAGCUUGUGAGCGACGAGAUUGUGGUGGGCCUCAUCCGUGAUAACCUCGACACGCCCGAGUGCGCCGCUGGGUUCCUCCUCGAUGGCUUCCCUCGCAACGUCACCCAGGCUGAGAAGCUCGAUGAUCUGCUGGCCCAGCGCAAGACCAAGCUCAACGCUGCCCUCGAGUUCAAGAUUGAUGACAGCCUCCUCGUCCGCCGUAUCGAGGGCCGUCUCAUUCACAAGGCCUCGGGCCGCUCGUACCACACCGAGUUCAACCCACCCAAGGUGGCUGGCAAGGACGACUUGACCGGUGAACCCCUCAUCAAGCGCUCGGACGACAACGUCGAUGCCCUCAAGAAGCGCCUGGUCGUGUACCACGAGAGCACUACUCCCCUGGUCGAUUACUACACCAAGAAGGGCAUCCACGCGUCGGUCGAUGCGGCCGACAAGCCCGCCAAUGUGUGGCAGAAGAUUCAGAACAUUUUCGAUGGCUGCGUUCGCAAGUAAACGAACCAAUACAAGCACAUUCCUGAUCCAGCUUUCCAACUCUUCCCCGACCGCCCCGCCAUGCCUCCCCGUUUCCCUUUAGGCUCAGACGACCCAUGACAGCAUGUGUUGAGACGAGAAACCCUUCCCUUCCAUCCGACCUUGGGAAUCCCAAUUCAACAGUUUUGCUCC